ACUUUCCAGUUUUAACUUUUUUGAAGCACUAAAAGCUAUAAUGCAAAGAGAUGGAAUGAGAGAGAGAAGACGGGGGGGGAAAAAAAGGAAGAAGAACAUGGUCAUGCUUUGUCGGCCAUUUCUUUCUAUAUUUCCUUCGCAUCCAAUAUCAAGCAAAAAGGUUUUGUCUUAAAAAUCAUUCUGUUGCAUAUACCAAUUGGCUUUUUCUUUAGUUUCUUUUACCAUAAUCCUACCAUAAGAAGAAAACAGUUUAGUUUAUUGGAAUUUGAGUCCAUAGAUUUCUUCCUAUACUAUUUUCUGGGAAACUGAGAAAAUUUUCUUGGAAAUAUAUACAGGUUGGGUCUUCUGGGAACUUGAUGAUCAUGGGGGUAGAUUCAUAGCUGGGAUUUGGUUUGAGUGAUUUCAGCCUUUAAGACUUUCUAUCAUUCAUGGGGAUGCAAUUUUUGGAUAUGGGGAGAUCAUCGUUAUGUAGACUGGUCAUUGUUUUUAUUGUUAUUCAUGUCCUUUUGAUUCAUCAAUCCAAAGGGCUUAACUCAGAGGGUCAGUACCUUCUUGAUAUUAAGAGUAAUCUUGGUGACAAGUUUAAUCAUCUGGGUAAUUGGGACCCUAAUGAUCCAACUCCUUGUGGGUGGAAAGGUGUGAAUUGCAGCACCAUUGAUGUUUACAACCCUGUCGUCCAGUCUCUUAAUUUGAGUGCACUGAACCUGUCUGGUUUUUUGUCUCCAAGCAUUGGUGGGUUGGUUCAUUUGACUACCCUUGAUCUUUCCUUCAAUGGGUUGUCAAGGGAUAUUCCUAAAGAGAUUGGAAAUUGUUCAAGUCUGGAGGUUCUCAAUCUCAAUGACAAUAAGUUUGAAGCUCAAAUCCCUAAAGAACUAGGCACCCUUUCUUUUUUGACAACUCUGAACAUAUACAACAACAGAUUAUCAGGGCCUUUCCCUGAUGAGAUUGGGAACCUUUCUUCUUUGUCACAAUUUCUUGCAUAUAGCAACAAUAUCAGUGGAUCCUUGCCAAGCUCUCUUGGGAACCUCAAGAGACUAACAAGUUUCCGAGCAGGGCAGAACUUGUUGACUGGAGGUUUACCUUCAAUUAUAGGUUCAUGUGAGAGCUUGGAGUAUCUUGGUCUUGCUCAAAAUGCACUGACCGGCGAGCUACCGAAAGAGAUCGGAAAGCUUAAGAACUUGAAAGAAUUAAUCCUUUGGGAGAAUCAACUCUCUGGGUUAAUUCCUGUGGAGCUUAGCAAUUGUACAAACUUGAGUAUUCUUGCUUUGUAUGACAACAAGUUUGUUGGAAGGGUGCCCAAAGAGCUUGGGAACCUUAUAAAUCUCACAAAGUUGUACCUGUACAGAAACCAAUUGAAUGGAACAAUCCCAAAGGAGAUUGGGAAUCUUUCAUUUGCAGAACAAAUUGAUUUUUCAGAGAAUAUGUUGAGUGGAGAAAUACCAGUUGAGUUGAGUAAGAUAAAAGGGUUGAGUUUGCUUUAUCUUUUUGAGAACCAGCUUACAGGUGUUAUCCCUGUUGAGCUUACCACCUUGAAGAAUUUGACAAAGCUUGAUCUCUCCAUAAACUAUCUCACUGGUCCCAUUCCUAUGGGAUUUCAGUAUUUGACAGAACUCAUCAUGUUUCAGCUGUUUGACAACAAACUCAGUGGGGGCAUUCCUCAAAAACUUGGGGCCUAUAGCCCACUUUGGGUGCUUGAUUUAUCAGACAAUCAACUGAUGGGAAGGAUCCCUCGCCAUCUUUGCAGGAAUUCAAACCUCAUCUUUCUCAACCUGGGGUUAAACAAGCUUAGUGGGGGCAUCCCAUCCGGUAUUACAAACUGCAAAUCACUGGUUCAACUUCUUUUAGUUGGAAACAGUCUUACAGGAAGUCUUCCAUCAGAUCUUUGCAAAUUGGUGAAUCUGUCAGCAGUUGACCUGGGGCAGAACAAGUUCAAUGGGCCAAUUCCUCCAGAGAUUGGAAACUGUAGAAGCUUGCAAAGGCUUCAGCUUUCAUACAACUACUUUACAUCAGAGUUGCCUAGAGAGAUUGGUAAUCUUUCCCGGUUGGCAAUCUUCAACAUCUCAUCAAACAACCUCACUGGAAGGAUACCACCUGAGAUUUUUAAUUGCAAAAUGCUUCAACGACUCGAUCUCAGCCGGAACAGAUUUAUGGAAAAUUUGCCUGGUGAAGUGGGAACACUUUCUCAGUUGGAGCUUCUCAAGCUUUCAGACAAUAGUCUGUCAGGGACAAUCCCUCCAGCAAUGGGGAAUCUCUUGCGUUUGACUGAGUUACAAAUGGGAGGCAACUCAUUCAAUGGCAAUAUACCAGCUCAACUAGGUGCACUCUCCAGCUUGCAGAUUGCAUUGAAUCUCAGCUACAACAAUCUCUCUGGAGCAAUCCCUUCUGAGCUUGGGAAUAUUGUUUUACUGGAGUACCUUGUGCUUAAUAACAAUCAUUUAAGCGGUCAAAUCCCAGGUUCUUUUGCCAAUCUAUCAAGCUUACUUGGAUGCAACUUCUCUUAUAAUGACUUAACAGGGCCCAUACCUUCUUUACCGCGCCUCGACAACAUGGCCGUCAGCAGCUUUAUUGAGAACAAUGGUCUCUGUGGUGGACCUCUCGGUGGUUGUAAUCCAACUCCAUCUUCCCUCUCGCUUCAGCCCAAUGCAAAAGAUAAAGGUACUGGGCUAGGCAAGGUUGUGGCCAUAGUUGCAGCAGCCAUUGGUGGAGUUUCCCUUGUUUUAAUAGUAGUUAUUUUAUAUUUCAUGAGACGACCAGUUGAAAUAGUUGCUCCAUUGCAAGAAAAACCUUCUACUGCUCGAGUUUCGGACAUUUACUUUUCACCAAAGGAAGGGUUCACUUUCCAGGACUUGCUUGAAGCCACUGACAAUUUUGAUGAGAGCUUUGUUGUUGGCAGGGGAGCAUGUGGAACUGUAUAUAAAGCUGUCUUACCUAGUGGCCAUGUCAUUGCUGUUAAGAAGCUUGCAUCCAACAGGGAGGGAAAUAACAAUGUCGACAACAGCUUCCGUGCCGAAAUUCUAACCCUGGGGAACAUCCGGCAUCGGAAUAUUGUGAAGCUUUAUGGUUUCUGCUACCACCAAGGUUCCAAUCUUCUACUUUAUGAAUACAUGUCAAGAGGCAGUUUGGGAGAGCUGCUUCAUGGAGCAUCUUGCAAUCUUGAUUGGAGAACAAGGUUCCUGAUUGCUUUAGGGGCUGCCCAAGGUCUUGCAUAUUUGCAUCAUUAUUGCAAGCCUAGAAUUUUUCACCGUGAUAUUAAGUCCAAUAACAUAUUGCUUGAUGAAAAGUUUGAAGCUCAUGUUGGUGACUUUGGACUAGCAAAAGUCAUCGACAUGCCACAAUCCAAGUCAAUGUCUGCAAUUGCAGGUUCUUAUGGUUAUAUUGCACCAGAAUAUGCAUAUACCAUGAAAGUGACCGAAAAAUGUGACAUCUAUAGCUACGGUGUUGUCCUACUUGAAUUGCUGACCGGCAAAACACCGGUACAACCACUAGACCAAGGCGGCGAUCUCGUAACAUGGGUGAGAAAUUACAUUAGAGAUCAGUCGUUGUCACCUGGAAUACUCGAUACUCGAUUGAAUCAACAAGAUGAGACUACCAUCUCGCAUAUGAUAACAGUGUUGAAAAUUGCUUUGAUAUGCACCAGCAUGUCUCCUUCCGAUAGACCAACAAUGCCAGAAGUAGUUUCGAUGCUCAUCGAGUCCAACAGGCGUGAAUGCCACUUCGAUACCUCCCCUAGUCACGAAACCGAUUGACUUGGAUAAAGAAGCUGAUAUUGUAGGGUACCAUGAUAAUCAAUUUACAGUUCUGCUUUGUAGAACAUAUGUAGCAGACCGUCUUGUAAAUUCCCUCGUGGAACUUCAUCAUUGCUCUUCUUGCAGUCUUUACUAAUCUUAUUUUGCCAACAAUAUUUUUGUUUAUUUUCACUCCAUUUCUGAAGUAAUAUGACAUAAUUUCUGAAGAAAUGGAUUGUUGAGAGGUCAACUUGUCAUCAUACAAGGAGACAUGCCACUUUCACUAACCCUCCUUUGUACCAUCCAUUUAUUCCAAUUUCAAUGUAUAUUGAUAAGCAUUGAGUAGCAAUGGAAAGCAACUUUUGCUAUGUUAGCCAUUAAAUAA